AUGCCUGUGAGUGGGGACGCCGGUAACCAUGAGCCCCCCGCACCCAGAGAGGCUCCCCAGCCGCUGCCGCUCCAGUCCCAGCCUGCGUCCACCCUCCUCCCCCUCGUGCUCCCCCUUGAGCUCCCCCUCUCGCUCCCUCUCCUCAUCCACUCUCGCCCCGCGCUGCCACAGCCACAGCCGCACCGCCUCCUCCGCGGCAGCCAGGGGGACAGCUCCCACAGUUCCCGCGGAGACGGUUGCCGAGCGCCGGCCAACCCCAUGGAGGAACCCCAGGGCAACACUCUGGUCGUCCGCAUAGGCAUCCCUGACCUGCAGCAAACGAAAUGUAUGAGGUUUAAUGUGGAGUCACCAAUCUGGCUGUCUAAGCAGCACAUCCUUUGCACAUUGAACCAGAGCCUGAAAGAUGUGCUGAACUACGGACUUUUCCAGCCUGCAUACAAUGGUAAAGCCGGCAAGUUCCUGGAUGAACAGCGCACACUGAAGGAAUACCCACUACCAGCCACUACUCCUAUACCAUAUCUGGAGUUUCGCUACAAGAGACGUGUGUACACACAGACUUACCUUGAUGAAAAGCAGCUCUCCAAACUCCAUACUAAGGCUAACUUGAAGAAGUUUAUGGAGUAUGUUCAGCAAAGGAGUAUUGAAAAGGUAUCAAAGUUUCUGGAGAAAGGGCUCGACCCAAAUUUCCAUGACCCAGAGACUGGAGAAUGUCCAUUGACAAUGGCAGCUCAGUUAGAAGGCUGUGCAGACCUCAUUAAGGUAUUGAAAAGUGGAGGAGCCCACCUGGACUUCAGGACCAGAGAUGGCAUCACUGCCCUCCACAAAGCUGUGCGCACAAAAAACCACACAGCACUCAUAACGCUGCUGGACCUGGGGGCAAGUCCUGACUACAAGGACAGCCGCGGUCUGACCCCACUCUAUCACAGCGCCAUGGUGGGGGGUGACCCCUACUGCUGCGAGCUGCUCCUGCAUGACCAUGCUCAGGUGGGCUGUGUGGACGAGAAUGGCUGGCAGGAGGUCCACCAGGCCUGUCGUCAUGGCCAUGUGCAGCACCUAGAGCACCUCCUCUUCUAUGGCGCUGACAUGAGUGCACAGAAUGCUUCUGGAAACACUGCCCUGCACAUCUGUGCCCUCUACAACCAGGAUAGUUGUGCACGUGUUUUGCUGUUCAGAGGCGCAAAUAAAGAGAUAAAGAACUACAACAGCCAAACUGCCUUCCAGGUGGCUAUCAUUGCUGGAAAUUUUGACCUGGCAGAAAUUAUAAAAGUUCACAAAGCAUCAGAUGUUGUGCCUUUCAGGGAGACCCCCUCCUACACAAACCGCCGGCGUGUGACCACGGGGGGUGGCACUCGGACGACAUCACGUUCACUGCUUCGCUCAGCCUCUGACAACAACCUGAACAAUGGGACCGAGGCUGUCACCGCCUAUUCGCCAGUGCCAUCUCUGCGGAGCCUGCCCCCUCUAGCGCCCCCUGCAGGGGAGGUAGCCGCUGAUGGCAGUCUCCAGAGCACCGGCAGCUCCCGCUCCUCCCAUUCCCGGUCCCCCUCCUUGCAGCGUGUCAGCGAGGAACCCGACAUGCAUGCUCUGCGCAGACACGGGCACAGCCAUGGACGCCUCAGCCCCGGGACAGUGCAGCGGGACCCCAGUCCUCCCCCCGUGGGGCCCGCGCACACACUCGCUGGGGCCCGCGGGCCCAAGCGGAAACUCUACAGCGCUGUGCCCGGACGCACCUUCAUCGUGGUCAAACCCUACACACCCCAGGGAGAGGGUGAGAUCCAGCUGAACCGUGGAGAAAGGGUGAAAGACUACCACUCAAAUGCAGUGGAAGUGUUGAGUAUAGGAGAGGGGGGGUUCUGGGAAGGCACUGUGAAAGGGAGGACUGGCUGGUUCCCUGCAGACUGUGUGGAGGAGGUGCAGAUGAGACAGUAUGACCCUCGACUAGAAACAAGAGAGGAUCGUACUAAGAGGCUUUUCAGACACUACACUGUGGGCUCUUAUGACAACUUUACCUCUUAUAGUGAUUACAUCAUUGAGGAGAAGGAUGCUGUGCUGCAGAAGAAAGAAAAUGAGGGCUUUGGUUUUGUCCUGCGAGGAGCCAAAGCGGAGACACCUAUUGAGGAGUUUACCCCUACCCCAGCCUUCCCAGCAUUGCAGUACCUGGAGUCUGUUGAUGUGGAGGGAGUGGCCUGGAGGGCGGGGCUUCGAACAGGUGACUUUCUCAUUGAGGUGAACGGGGUGAACGUGGUGAAGGUGGGCCAUAAGCAGGUAGUGUCCCUCAUCCGGCAGGGUGGCAACAGUCUGCUGAUGAAGGUGGUGUCCGUCUCACGCAAAGCUGAGUCUGAGGACAUGGUCAGGAAGAAGGCACCUCCACCACCCAAGAGAGCGCCCAGCACCACCCUCACCCCGAGGUCCAAGAGCAUGACCGCUGAGCUGGAGGAGCUAGCAUCUGCAAGAAGGAGGCGAGGAGAAAGGCUAGAUGAGAUCUUAGCCUCCCAGGAGUCAGUGUUGAGGCCUCAGGUGGAAGCAGACUAUAGAGCUGCCACAGUGAAGCAGCGUCCAACCAGCCGCCGGAUUACACCAGCAGAAAUCAGUUCUCUCUUUGAGCGGCAGGGGCUUGCUUUUCAUGGUGCUCUUCACCCAGAGCUGGGAAAAGCUCACAUGCAGCUGCCCAAAAGCAUGUCCAGAACCAAGUCCUUUGGAGCCACUGAGGAGGACCGUCUGUCUGCCCUGGCAGCGGAGCACAGAUUUCCGAGGAGCUCCUCAAUGACGGACAGCCUGAGAGACAGCCACAGCAUCCCACCUCCUCCCCAGACAGCACCUCCUCCUCCACCCUCACUUUACUACCUGGACACGGGUCCUCCCCCGGCCUUCUGCCCGCCCCCACCUCCCAGCCGCCCUCACGAUCCUAGCCGCUCCAGCUUUAAGCCGGGCUCUGAGCCACGACUCCACGCCCUGCCACAGACAAUGUCGGCCGAACUGUACGAGCCUCCCCGCCACGCUGCUCACAUCGAGCGGCAGAAGAAAGCCCGCUCCAUGAUCAUCCUGCAGGAUUCCACCCAUCUCCCCGUGGAGCCCACAGACAUUCCACGGCCUGGCCCUGCCCUCACUCCGCCCGAGAGGAUUAAGCGGAAGGGGCGUGUCAUUGACAACCCAUAUGCCAAUGUGGGCCAGUUCAACAUUGGUCUUUACACACCGUCACAAAGCAAACCGCAGCGCAGGAAGAGCCCGCUGGUGAAGCAGCUGCAGGUGGAGGAAGCCCAGGAGAGGGCGUCACUGGCGCUGGCCUCGGUCCAUGCCCGGGAGCACUCGCCCACCGGGCGGCUGGCAGCCCACCACACCAGCAGGGCUGAGUACUAUCAGCAGCAUCUGUUGCAGGAGCGUACUCAUGCCCAGGCUGAGGGGCUACUGCACAGCAAAGGGCCUUUCGCGGCUGCCAUCACCGGCGCCGUCAAGGACCGUGACCGGCGUCUUGAUGAGCGGCGGAAAUCCACGGUCUUCCUGUCCGUGGGCACCAUGGAAAGUAGCUCGGCCCCAUCUCUGGAUUCCCCCUCACUCACACAGUCGCAUUCCGUUGAUGAGCGCAUGCUCGGCAGUGAACUGGGCCAGCUACCUCCACCCGCCCUGGCACUGAGGCCUGCCCCAGGCGGCACCACCUUCAUCCAUCCACUGACAGGCAAACCCUUGGACCCCAACUCCCCGCUGGCACUUGCGCUGGCCGCAAGGGAACGGGCCUUAACCUCUCAGAGCCAGUCUCCUUCCAGCAGCCCUGAACCCAGGACUAAACAUGGGGCUCUGGGGGGGGUCCUAUUCUUGGACACCCAGACCAAAGAGGCUGAGCGCGCCGAGGGUGUGGGGGAGCUCACCUCUCCCACGUUCUCUACUGGAGAAAAGAGGACUUUCACUCCCACCCCCACCAGCAAGAUCCAGUGGGGAACACCCACCACUGCUAGGAAAGAAUUAGAGGCUGCCGUGGAGCGGAAAGAGGAGAGAAAGGCAGAGGACAAGAAGAGUAUGAUCAUUAGCAUAAUGGACACAUCACAGCAGAAGACUGCUGGGCUUAUCAUGGUUCAUGCCACCAGUAAUGGACAGGCGGUGGGACUGGGCCAGGAACGCAUCUGCCCGUCUCCCAAAAGCAUGCUGUCAGAGAGCCCUAAACCUAUGCUGGCUGAAAUCAAACGAGCAAAGUCCCCAAGCUCAGAAGUACCUUCUGCUACCACUCCAACCCCUGCCGUGCCAUCCACCACCCAGGUUCCUCUGAGUCCCAACUCUGAUAAAACCCCCCAACCAUCCCCUAGCCCUUCUUCAGAUAAAACCUUGGCCCAGGGAAGCUCAGAGGAGGAUGUGGAGCCCUACACAGUCACCUUGCCCCCGGCCAUGCUGUCCUCUAGUGAUGAGGAGACACGGGAGGAACUUCGGAAAAUUGGUGUGGUUCCUCCACCAGAUGAAUUUGCCAAUGGUCUCCUGGUGAAGGCGCCAGAUGCUACAGUACCUCUUGCUCCACCUUCGGCAGCCAAGCAGGCAGCCCCCUCAGACCCAACCCCGGCCCCUCAAACGGCAGCCGCUGCGGCAGCACAGGCCCCUGCCACCAGCGGCCCGCCAGCAGCCUCAGGGAAGCCAUCUGAGCCCCACCUGGGCCCAGAGUCUGCUGCUGACUCCGGGGUGGAGGAGGUGGACACUCGUAGCUCCAGCGAUCACCACUUGGAGACCACAAGCACCAUCUCCACCGUUUCCAGCAUGUCCACACUCUCCUCAGAGAGCGGCGAGGCCACCGACACCUACACCUCCCAUGCCGACGGCCAGACCUUCAUCCUCGACAAGCCGCCAGUGCCUCCAAAGCCAAAGCUCAAGUCCCAGCUCAGCAAGGGCCCAGUGACGUUCAGGGACCCCCUGCUCAAGCAGUCGUCCGACAGCGAGCUGCUCUCGCAGCAGCACGCAGCUGCACUGGCAGCCGCCACGGGGGCCACUGGCCCGGCAAGACCCCGCUACCUCUUCCAGAGACGCUCGAAGCUGUGGGGGGACCCCAUUGAGCCCCGGCCACUUGCAAGCACCAAGGAAGGCAAACCCACUGUGAUAAGUGAGCUCAGCUCCAGGCUGCAGCAGCUCAAUAAGGACACGCGCUCGCUCGGAGAGGAACCCCUUGGGGGUUCACUCGACCCUGGACGCAAGUCACCUGUCGCCGGUGCAAGACUCUUCAGCAGUCUAGGCGAGCUCCACACCAUCUCUCAGAGAAGCUACGGCACCACCUACACUAUCCGGCCGGGUAGCCGUUAUCCAGUGACCCGUCGAACACCCAGCCCUAGCUCUGGUUCCCCAGACCGCUCGGACCCACUCGGACCCAUCCGGGGCUUUGGCCUGGCCACCUCCCCCACCACACCCCCUACCAUCCUCAAAUCCUCCAGCCUCAGCCUGCCCCAUGAGCCAAAAGAGGUGCGCUUCGUCAUGAGGAGCUCCAGCGCCAGAAGCCGCUCUCCUUCGCCCGCUCCCUCCCCUGGCCUGCCCACCCCACUUCUGACACUGCGUCCAUUCCACCAGAAACCUCUCCACCUGUGGAACAAGUAUGACGUGGGUGACUGGCUGGCCAGUAUUAACCUAGCUGAACACCGUGAGCGAUUCCAGGAGCACGAGAUUGAGGGCUCGCACCUUCCUGCCCUCACUAAGGAUGACUUCGCUGAGCUGGGUGUGACACGUGUUGGACAUCGAAUGAACAUCGAGCGGGCCCUGAAACAGCUGCUGGAGAGUUGACCCUUCACCCCACUCUGUCUGUAGCUAGUCUCACCAGAGAAAGGGUUUUGUUGUUGUUUUGUUUUUGUUUUUUUGUUUGUUUGGGGGUUUUUGGCCAGAUUUUUAAAUCUUUUUUUGUGUGUGGUUUUGUGGUUCUGAAGUAAUAUAUAAUCCCUGAAUCAUUUUAGUGAUUCGAGGAACAUAAUCCCCACCUCUUUGGUAGCAAUCUGGGCCCAAUAAUUCCCAUCUCACUACCAGCAGCAGGUUUGACAGGUUCUGCAUAUUUAAGUGGGGCUGUAAGUUGCAUGAAUACCAUGUAGAAUACGCUGUCAGUAAAGGUUUGACUUGCAUAACUGGACAUGAAUAUCACCCUCUCCUCCCUGUUUCCCCCUCUUUUGGUUCCCUAUUGCUAUCUGCUGCAUAGGGUUCUCCCAUCUGUUUGAAAAAAGGAGGAAGAGGGGAGUUCAAUUGCCUUUCAGAAUAUUUUUUAGGAGUGGAAGAGAAGAGUCAGUUUGGCUGGGUCAUUUCUACCUGCCCCAGUCCCAUUCUGGCUGAGGGACGUAAUAUAUCUGGAGAAUGUUAAACCAACACUAGUGGCUUUUUCAUAAUCAGACCUUUCCUUUGGUGUUCCAAAGGGAAUGUGACACUAGAUAGGAAAUCUCAAUGUAUUUACAUAGUUUUGAAAAAGGAGAGAGACAAAGAAAAGACAAGAUGAACUGUGCAAAACUGCACUGGUCUCUCUCCUGUAGAUGAUGUUUAUUCCAUCAAUAAAUUACUCAUUUUUACCAAUUAUAUACAUAUAUAUUUGACAGAAAAGUAUAUAGAUAUAUGAAUAUAACAUUUUGUCAAAAAUAUAAAACUUAUAUAUGGUAUUCUAUAUAAAGACAAAAAACACUGUUGGAAAUGUUUUUUUUUUUUCCUAAUGGUCAUCCUUUUAUGGACUGUAGCAUGAAACGUCACAUCACCAGGUAUGGCAGGUAUCAGAUUUGUUAACAGUGCAUUGUACCAUUCUCUCUUUUUAUUUGCUUUAUUCUAUGGGUUUAUUAUUAUUUAACGAAACCUGGUCUUCCACCUACAAAUAGGGCGUCCCACAGUGGAGGCUGUGUUUGACUGAUUCCCUCUCUAUCACACACACAAACACAUAUUACAAAGUGCUUGGCAUCGCAUAACCUCAGUGACACUGUCAACAAAUCAUCUACUUGCACACCCACACACAUUAAAACUUCCAUAUCAAAUUUUGCCCAAUGUCUAAACCAUCAUCUUCAAAUUUAAUUUGGUGAAAAAUAAGACAUGCGCUAUGCAAUAACAGAGUGCAUGUGUGUUUGCGUGUAUUGUGAUGGAGCCACUGUGGGACAAGCAACAUCUUUUCCAUACGUAGUAGUUCAGCUGCAUGUUACAUGUUAUUAAGAUAUCACAAAAGAAAGCAAAAGACAGAAUCUAUAAUUGUAAGAGAUUUUCUGAGCCACUACACAGGGGCUAAUGUGGCUCAGGGCCUCUUCAGCUCGGAGCUCGAAGCACUGAAGCAUCUGGACAGUUAAUUUGAGCUUAUUUAUUUGUUUGUUUAUUGGUAACUCAAUCAUAGGAAGAUUUUGUAGCUUGUGAAAUAUAAUGCUUAGAAUAAUUUUUAUUAACUUAGUUUGAAUUUUACAAUAAACAUUAAGCUGAAAUAACUGUCCUUUCAAAACAUACAACUGUAUAUAUGGACAAAUUACAAAUUAUUUGCUUUUUAUAUCAAUCAUAAGCAAUGUAUAUAUGAU